CCCGUUCUCUGGCAUGUCAACUUGCAAGAUCUUAGUUCUCAUUCGCUCAGAGGAAACUCUUUGAGAGACAAAAGAAAAAGGCCAAAAGUGACUGGUUUAUGUUCGCCGGGUGCGCGUUUGGGUCGGGGGUGGGGGCUGCUUCUUGGCCGCCGGAAUUUGGUCAGAAAGUGUUGAACGCGGGGCGGGGAUUACGGUUGCAAGAUGUCCAGUGAAGUGAAGCAGAGGAAGAAGAACGUGGCCGGCAAUAAGCAGAGCGACGGUGUGAGGGAGCAGGCUGCGAGAGGGAAGGUGUCAGACGGCCCUGUGAGGAAUGUGCUGUGUUUGCUGUCGCUGCUCGCCAGCGCGGCCAUGGCGGGGCUCAUGUUUCAGCAGUCAGCUAAGUUUGCUGAUGUGGAACAAAAAUAUCAGCAGCUGUACAUGAAAUCUGUAGCUGCCCAGGCCUUGGAAGAUGAAAUUAACAAAGUUUCAAAAAAGCUGGAAUCAUCAGAAGAAGUCCUGCAGAAAGCCCUGUCAUCCAGCUCAGUCAUGGCCCUCUUCGAACAGGAGAUGUCAGAGCUCCGUAACACUAUGAUUAGCCUACAGAAUAAAGAACAGAUGAUAGCAAGAAAAAUGCAGCUUGUCAAUAAAAACUUUCAAAAUAUUUCAGACACCUGGAAACAAAGUUUAAAUGAAAUAAACAGUGAGAUUGCCAACUUGAAGUCAGAGUCAAAGAGCAUGCAUAACAAAAUUUCAUCAGAAAUUAAUAUAGUUGAACAAGGUGUGAAGGAUCUCUCAAAACAGAUGGAAGAUUUAGAAGGGAGCACUAUGAGAAAUACAAAGGCAAUUGAGCGGCAAGAGGAGGAGGAUUUGGGUGGCCUUGAGAAGCAAGCAAACUGGAAUACGAAAACCAUUGAGAAAUUAGUUGAACAACAGAUCAGUUUGAUUUCAAAGAAUAAAGAGUUAGUAGAAAAACUGUCUGAUUAUGAACCUAAACUUAAAGAAUGUCAAGAACAACUUCCCAUAAUUGAUAAUGGUGUCCACUCUGUUCUUAAGAUAUCCAGUGAACUCCUAAGCACUGAAAAGAAAAUAGAAGACAUGACAGUCCAGAUAUUUAAUUUGGAGGACAAUAUGCUGAAAGUUGUAACUGAGAUAUUGGACAUAAAAAAAGAGCUGGAAAUGUUAUUGUCUGAUGGUGCAAUGUAAAAGUCAGUAAAUUUUCUGGAUGCCAUGAAAGUUACUGCUAUGGCAUGUCAUAGAACAAGAAGAAAGAAGAGUCCAGGAGAAGCUUUCUGCAAUUAAAGUCACUGCUCCAGUAAACUCUGCACACAAAUGCAAUUGAACAGUGAUAUACAUGAGGCACUGUUUUGAUGAUUUCAAGCUUUGCUUUUGGGGACAGGAAAUUUCCAUUGGUGCGAAUUUAACGGCAUCAAGUGCUGAUUGUUGGACUUCAACUGCUGAUAAAAGAAAUUACCAGACAUGUCUCAUUGGUAAUGAUACAGCCCAAAAGAUUGCCUUGGACAUCAUGCUGAAAUUCAUUGGAAGACGUUCUAGAUGUUUAAAAUUAGAGUAAAAGCUACGGGAAGAGUACAAUUUGUAACUUUAAAAAUAAAUCAUCAUGUUUAUUUUUAGCCAUUGUUCAUACAUUAAAUAUGUUAAUUUUAUGUCAGUGAUAAUAUCUAAUGAGUGAAACAGCAAUUUGAACAAAACAUGUUUGUUGUGACUAGCAACUCGUGUCCUGCAAUCUGCAACCAUGUGUUUUUGGGAAAUUGAAGUACAGUACAGUGAGUGGUAGCUUUAAAUUAAACAAGAAGCUAUUAAACAUAAUUUCAAAAGUUCAAUAAAAAGGCAGAUAGUGCGCAAAGUAAACUUAGCUGUUCAGGGAUUGAAGUUGGAAUUCCAGACUUCCAAAAUUCUCAGAUGUCAGAACCAUUUCCAGGUCUAACCCUGUUUAUAUCUUUAUGCGCAAGGCAUCAUUUUGGAGACACUGCCAAGUAACAGGCCAUAUUAUCUUUGUCCAGUUUGAGAACAGCAGUGGGUUCCAGAGAUGGGAGAUCAGACCAGUGAUGCUCAUGUGGAGGAAGGCCAGCAGAUCCCAAUGUGCAAACAGUGGAAGUGCUGCUGAGCCUCUGAAGGAAGCACUCACUAUAGCUGCCACUAACACCACGGAAGCGCUAAGAACAUGUAGCACAUAGCAUUGGAGACAUCUAUCUUAAAUUCCAUGCUGAAAAACAGGGCUGAAAGAUGAGGAUAUAACAUGCUUGCUAUUUUCUGCCAAUAUUAAUUAAAUUUCACUUGCACAAUACAGUCUCCACCUCCUUUUACUUGUCAGAGGUGCAGACGCAGUGGAGACAGGGGUUGGACAAUGUGGAAAGACCACAAUCUGCACAUGAAAUUCCAGCUAAUUGAACUAAGUACCUCUGCCACCAAUGUGCUCCUACAUCAGAGAGAAAAGUGCAAGGAGUAUGGAAAAACUGGUGGCCACUGUAAAGUUCCAGGUCUCUUCCUUGUUCGCCCCCACCCCAUGCCCUAUCACGAAUUCUGCUUCCAUGACCUGGGAAAAUACUGUCCUGAAUCUGCUAUGGGUGGUACAUGCUGGCGUGAGUAUUCACAGACAUCUUUAACUUCUCCUUACUACAGUCUGAAAUCCCCACCCACUUCAAGAAGACCACCAUAAUCCUGUUGCCAGAGAAAAAUCCUGCAAUGUGCCUCAAUGACUGCAGCCGGGUGUCUCUGAUCUCUGUGAUUAUCGAGUGCUUUGAGAGGUUAGCCGUGGCUCACCUCAACUUCAGACUACCUGAUUGCCUUGAUCCUUUGCGAUUCUCCUACCAGCGCAAUAAGUCCACAGCAGACACCAUCUCCCUGGCCGCAUACUCCUCCCUGGAAGAUCUAGAUAACAAGGAUACCUAAGUCAAGCUCCUGCUUAUUGACUACAGUUCUGUCUUAAACACUAUAAUUCCAAACAAACUCAUCUCUAAGCCAUGAGACCUAGGUCUCGGCUCCCCCCUCUAUAACUGGAUCCUCAACUUUCUGACCCAUAGACCACAAUCAGUAAGAUUGUGAUAAUACCUCAUCCACCAGAAUCCUCAACACCGAUGCCGCACAAGGCCGUGUACUCAGGUCCUUAUACACUCAUGACUAUGAGGCCAAAUUCCAUCCCAAUACCAUUUUCAAGUUUGAUGAAACCACUAUUGUAGGGUGGAUUUCAAACAAUGACAAGACAGAAAACAGGAAAAAGAGAGAGUGUGUUGUGGCAUGGUGUAAAGACAACAGUCUCUCCAUAAAUGUCAACAAAACAAAGGAGCUGGUCAUUGAGUUCAGAAAGCAGUGUGGAGGGCACACCCCUGUCUGCAUCAGUGGUGCUGAGAUGGAGAUGGUCAAAAGCGUCAACUUCCUGGGAGUAAUGAUUACCAACAGUCUGUCCUGGUACACCCAAGUCAACACAAUGGUCAAGAAAACACAACAACAUCUCAACUUCCUCGGGAGGCUGAAGAAAUUCAGCAUGUCCACAGGGACUCUUAACCAGUUUUUAUACAUGCACCAUAGAAAGCAUUCUGUCUGGAUACAUCACAGCUUGGUAUAGCAACUGAGAUAACAAGGUGUAGAGCUGGAUGAACA